AUGGGAGUGGGGUCUGCGAGGGGGGCCCGAGGCACAGCGGCGGCGGAGGUGGCAGCGCCCGGGAGGGGGUUUCUCUUCACCUGGCUCGUCAUUGGGCUGGCCAUUCACCUGGCGUCCACCCAAGGGGCUCCUGAAGAUGUGGAUGUCCUGCAGCGGCUGGGUCUCAGCUGGACAAAGGCGGUGGGUGGCCGGGGCCUUGCGCCACCUGGAGUCAUUCCCUUCCCUUUGGGCUUCAUCUUUACCCAGCGGGCCCGACUACAGGCACCAACGUCUGCCAUCAUUCCCAGCAUCCUGGGCACCAAGUUGGCACUGGUCCUGAGCCUCUGCUCCCAUCGGCUCAAUCAUGCCUUCCUCUUCACCGUGCGCAGCCACAAGCAACAGCUGCAACUGGGCCUGCAGUUUGUCCCUGGCAAGACGGUCGUCCAUCUGGGGCCUCGACACUCGGUGGCCUUCGACCUGGACGUGCAUGAUGGCAGCUGGCAUCACCUGGCGCUGGAGCUCCGAGGUCGCUCGGUUACCCUGGUGACGGCGUGUGGCCAGCGCCGGACACCCAUCUCACUGCCUUUUACCCGGGACCCAGCCCUGGACCCCCAGGGAUCCUUCCUCUUUGGAAAGCUGAACCCCCAAACGGUGCCCUUUGAGGGGGCUCUGUGCCAUUUCAGCAUCCACCCUGUGGGGCAGGCUACUCACAAUUACUGUACCCUCCUGAGAAAGGAGUGUGGGCAGGCCCAUGCACCCUGGCCCUGGGUAGGAGCCCUCCCCCACGCAGACUCUGGCCCACCCUUGGCCUUGCACACGGAAUCAGACUUUUUGGGCUUGCAGAACCUGACCACAUUCGCACCUGCUUUACAGUUUCGCCUGGCUAGUCGAGGAGCUGGGGUGACCAUGGCGUCUGCCAGGCCCACCAAGCCACUGAGGACCAGCAGUGUGGCCGCUCCCCGGCAUUCCCCAGCCCAGACCCCACGGCCACCUGCCACGCUCUUGGCCAAGAAGAAAGUGCUUUCUUCUGUGCUCCCAGCCUCUCCCACUCACUCCUCCAGGUCUGAGCAUCCCCCCAGCCAAAACAGCGCCACUCAGCACCCCAAAAGCCACCGUGCCAAACCCUCCACCCCUCAUCCUUCAGUAGCUCCACUCAAAAGCCCCCGCCGUUCCCACAAGGCAUCUCCCCCUCCUGUCACAAAACCAGCUCCAGUCACCAAGAAGCCAGACCCCACUGUCCACCCAGUUCCUGUUGUAGCCGCCACUGGGGCCACCAGGAAGCCAACCCAGAAAAAACCCACCUCACCCAGACCUCCCACCACUAGUGUUCAGCCUCUGCUUCCUGCCACAGGCACCUCUAAAAAGCCCGUUUCCACCCAAAAAGGCCAGGCUCGCAAGCAGCACCCCAAGAGCGGCCGUGCCAGUGGGCCAGUCCCUGCCCUCAACAGCACAGUCAGGUCUUCCGUGCCCACAGUCCUGCCCCUCUCACUGCUCCCCAAUCCCAGCUCCCUCAGGGCCCUACAGCCACCAGCCACAGCAAUUCCUCUGGGCCUCUCUCCUGGUGGUUCUGGGCCUACCCGAAGUCGAAAACCCACUGGAUCCGCCACCAAAAAAGCCCGAUCCCAGAGUGGCUCCCCAAAGCCUGUGUCCCUUAGCCGUGGUGGCAAGGCAUCUGGCAUUGUUCUGUGGACCCAUCCAACCAUGGGGCCCAGUCCUAGCCAGCAGACACCGCCAGCUCCAGCCUUGAUCCCAGCACGGCUCCUGACCUCCACCCCUCAGUUUACCACCAGUGGCUACGCCUUCUUCCACCUGGAAGGACCCACGCCAUUCCCACUACUGAUGGGACCUCCGGGGCCCAAGGGAGACUGUGGAUUACCGGGUUCCCCUGGGCUGCCAGGACUUCCUGGACCCCCUGGUGCACGAGGUCCUCGGGGUCCUCCUGGGCCGUACGGAACCCCGGGCCUCCCUGGCCUGCCUGGACCCAAAGGACAAAAAGGGGACCCAGGACUUUCACCUGGAAAGGCCCGUGAUGGAGUACAGGGUGACAUGGGCUUGCCUGGCCUCCCAGGCCAACUGGGAUCUCCAGGACGAAAGGGACACAAAGGCUAUCCUGGACCUGCAGGGCACCCCGGAGAACAGGGGCAGCCGGGACCAGAGGGCAGCCCAGGGGUCAAAGGUUACCCUGGCAGGCAGGGGUUACCUGGACCAGUAGGAGAACCUGGACCCAAAGGUGGCCGGGGCUACAUUGGACCCCCAGGGCUCUUUGGCCUCCCAGGGUCUGACGGAGAGCGAGGUCUUCCUGGUGCACCUGGCAAGAGGGGCAAGAUGGGUAGGCCGGGGUUUCCUGGUGACUUUGGAGAAAGAGGGCCUCCGGGACUGGAUGGCAAUCCUGGAGAACUGGGUUUGCCAGGACCAUCAGGAGUUCCCGGCCUCAUAGGCAACAUGGGAGCAAUGGGUCCGAUCGGCUACCCAGGACCGAAGGGCAUGAAGGGACUGAUGGGAAACAUGGGGGAGCCCGGACUGAAAGGUGAUAAGGGUGAACAAGGGGUUCCAGGUGUGUCGGGCGAUCCUGGAUUCCAAGGCGAUAAGGGUAGCCAGGGUUUGCCUGGACUCCCGGGUGCGAGGGGAAAACAAGGACCUCUGGGCAAGGCUGGAGACAAAGGAUCCCUUGGGUUUCCUGGGCCCCCUGGACCAGAGGGGUUUCCUGGAGACAUUGGCUCCCCAGGGGAGAAUGGCCCUGAAGGUGUGAAGGGUAAGACUGGAACUCGAGGCAAGUUGGGCCCCCCUGGACAGCCGGGGCUCGAGGGCGAUGAAGGACCCAUAGGGCCCCCAGGAGUCCCUGGUCUGGAGGGUCAGCCUGGCAGAAAAGGGUUUCCUGGGAGGCCAGGCCUGGAUGGAUUGAAGGGGGAGCCAGGAGAUCCCGGACGGCCAGGACCUGUUGGUGACCAGGGACUUCCAGGAUUCAUUGGCCUAGUUGGAGAGCCAGGUAUUGUGGGAGAAAAGGGUGAUCGGGGCAUAAUGGGACCCCCAGGCCCACCUGGACCCAAGGGAUCAAUGGGUCAUCCUGGAACGCCAGGGGGUGUUGGGAAUCCUGGAGAGCCUGGCCUUUCGGGUCCUCCAGGAUCUCGAGGCCUGCCAGGCAUGAGAGGCCCUAAAGGACGACGGGGCCCCCGAGGACCCGACGGACCAGCUGGAGAUCAGGGGUCCAAAGGCUUAAAGGGAGCCCCAGGAUCGCAGGGCAGACGGGGUCAGCCUGGACAACAGGGUGCGGCUGGCGAGCGAGGGUUCUCGGGGGCACGAGGCUUUCCGGGCAUUCCAGGUCCCUCGGGACCCCCAGGCACCAAGGGGCUCCCAGGAGAACUGGGCCCCCGGGGACCUCCGGGUCCACUCGGCCCCCUGGGAGAGAUGGGACCCAAGGGGCCUCCAGGUGCGGUGGGAGAACCAGGCCUUCCUGGGGAACCUGGACUGAAGGGUGACAUCGGGCCUCUGGGCACCCCUGGGGAGCAGGGCCUCAUCGGGCAGCGAGGAGAGCCUGGCCUUGAGGGGGACAGUGGCCGUGCAGGGCCUGAUGGGCUGAAGGGGGACAGGGGUGACCCUGGGCCUGAUGGUGAACGUGGUGACAAGGGCCAGGAGGGGCUGAAGGGUGACGAUGGGCCCCGAGGCCCCCCUGGUAUUCCUGGUGUUCGGGGUCCUGAAGGAAAACCUGGGAAACAAGGCGAGAAGGGCCGAACUGGAGCCAAGGGUGCCAAGGGCUAUCAAGGACACCUGGGGGAGAUGGGCACCCCUGGAGAUCCCGGACCUGCUGGUACCCCAGGCCCUAAGGGGUCCAGGGGCAGCCUAGGACCAAUGGGUGCACCAGGAAGGAUGGGAGCCCAAGGAGAACCUGGACUGGCUGGUUAUGAUGGACACAAGGGCAUUGGGGGAGGCCUCGGACCUCCCGGACCAAAAGGCGAAAAGGGGGAACAGGGUGAGGAUGGCAAGACUGAGGGGCCACCGGGGCCCCCUGGAGAUCGGGGCCCUGUGGGUGACCGAGGAGACCGUGGAAUGCCAGGGGAUCCCGGAUACCCUGGACAGGAGGGCUUCCAGGGCCCCCGUGGAAAUCCAGGCCAGCAGGGUCGACCUGGACACCCAGGACCCCGGGGACGGCCGGGACCCAAAGGAUCAAAAGGGGACCAGGGCCCAAAGGGAAAGCAAGGCAAGGCUGGGACACCAGGACGCAGGGGGACCCAGGGCCUGCAGGGGCAGCCGGGGCCCCGGGGCGUGGUGGGGAGACAGGGCCCUGAGGGCAUCCCUGGACCUGAUGGGCUUCCUGGCAGGGACGGUCGUGCAGGACAGCAGGGGGAGCAGGGAGACGAUGGGGACCCUGGCCUCCUGGGCCCUGCUGGAAAGAGAGGAAAUCCGGGUGUGGCUGGCUUACCUGGAGCACAGGGGCCCCCAGGAUUCAAGGGUGAACGCGGGUUACCUGGGCAGCUGGGCCCCCCUGGCAAGCGAGGAACAGAGGGAGGAACUGGGCUUCCUGGGAACCAGGGGGAGCAUGGGUCCAAAGGCCAGCCGGGUGACACUGGUGAAAUGGGCUUCCCAGGAGUGGCUGGCCUCUUCGGACCCAAGGGCCCCCCUGGAGACCCAGGCUUCAAAGGUAUCCAGGGCCCUCGAGGGCCUCCAGGUCUGAUGGGAAGACAGGGCAUCAUCGGGCCACUGGGGCUCCUCGGGCCUUCUGGACGUCUGGGUCCAAAGGGUGACAAAGGCAGCCAAGGGAACUUUGGACUGCAAGGUCCGAGGGGUCCUCCUGGCCCCAGAGGACAGCCUGGCCCUCCGGGUCCUCCGGGGAACCCUGUCUACUUUCAACAAGAUGGCUUUGGAGCGGCUUUCCAGACCUGGAUGGACACUCACGGAGCACUGCAGGCAGAGGGAUAUGGCCAUCCGGACCGGCUGGUGCUGGACCAGGGAAGGGAGAUCUUUAGAACCUUACACUACCUCAGCAACCUCAUCCAGAGCAUUAAGACGCCCCUGGGCACCAAGGAGAACCCUGCCCGGGUCUGCCGAGACCUCAUGGAUUGUGAGAAGAAGAUGGUGGAUGGUACCUACUGGGUGGACCCAAACCUCGGCUGCUCGUCCGACACCAUCGAAGUCUCCUGCAAUUUCACACAUGGGGGGCAGACCUGUCUCAAGCCCAUCACGGCCUCCAAGGUCGAGUUUGCAGUCAGCCGGGUCCAGAUGAACUUUCUGCAUCUGCUCAGCUCCGAGGUGACACAGCAAAUCACCAUCCACUGCCUCAAUCUGACUGUGUGGCAGGAGGGCACAGGGCAGGCGCCAGGCAAGCAAUCCGUGCGCUUCCGAGCCUGGAACGGGCAGAUCUUUGAAGCUGGGGGUCAAUUUAGGCCCGAAGUGUCCAUGAAUGGCUGCAAGGUCCAGGAUGGCCGCUGGCAUCAGACCCUCUUCAUCUUCCGGACCCAGGACCCCCAGCAGCUGCCCAUUGUCAGCGUGGACAACCUCCCUCCUGCCUCAUCAGGGAAGCGGUAUCGCCUUGAAGUUGGACCUGCGUGCUUCCUCUGACCUUGACCUCUUGGCCCCUCAGGGCCUCAUGAGGGGAGGAAGAGGAAGAGGAGGCAUCCCGGGAGAGUUCCUAGGGGCAGGUGGGCCCAGGAACAGUUUGGGGCAGCCCCAACUGUUGUCUGCCCUGAAAAGUGGGUGGGAGUCGCAGGGAACAGGAUAUUCCUGGGAUCCCAGCUCAAGUCCCCAAAACCCACCUAAGAAUCCGCCAUGGUGUUCUGGCCUCGGGGCCACAGGCACCUGAGAAUAGUCUCCCAGCUCUGUGGCCACCCCUUCCUGCCCCAGUGUCCCAUCUGAAGAGCCCCCACAUUCACACCAGCUGGAGAGAAGGGGGUCCCUGUCGGCUGGUCCCUGCCAGGGAGUAUCGAUGUGCAAUAGUAGUGAAGAGAUAUGGAAAAGACAAAAAGGAAAGACAGAAGUAUAUAUAUUUUAUUUAAACUAUUCAAAGAAGGUGGGUGACUAUUUGUCUUCACCAGGGAAAAGAGGUGAAAGGGUAAGAGAGAGCAGACGGGUUCUGGGGUGAGAGUAGAAGCCAAGGGCACCACAGGGUAGCCAGGGAGGCCCCCUUACUACCUCCCACUGUGAAGUCGCUGGUGCUCGAAAUUUUCUCCUAGUGUCUGUGAUUAUUUUUUAAGGGGGGGAAAUACACCCUAUUUAAGAAUCUGAAGGUGCUACCAUUUUUGCCACAGACUUUGAAGCAACAUUUUUUGCCAUGGGAGUCAUUCCCGUGUGUCUCUCUCCUCCAGCCGAACAGUUGAGGGGAUUUUUGCCCAUUUUUCUUGGCAUCUCCCCUUGAGUUCAUCAGGUAACUUACUAAGGAAUGGUGGAGGUGGAAGGGAAGAAAAUAAAAAAAAGAAGAAGAAAAGCAAAGUCAGAAUGAAAACAAAACAAAAGAAAAAAAAAAGAAAAAAAGAAAAACAAAAAAAAAAUUGCCUACCCAAAACAGAAGUAGAGAGAUUUUUACCUUUUUACCUUUUAACUUAUGGACUUGGUGAUGUUUCUCUAAGUCACAGGCAAGUCUGAAUAGGCAGGACCUUGGCUUGGCCUUUCUCCAUGCUGGUAGGAAUUUAGGCUGAUUUAGAAGGGUUCAUCUCUUGGGAUGGGAGUGAUAGCACAGAGGGUAGUUAGGAUGUUUGCCUUGCACACAG